AUGCUCCUUCACCUAUUUUUCAAACUUUUGGGAUGCAGCAUCCUUAGUCACAAACUGGGGCUCCCAGGAAGAGGAUGCUGCCUAGUACUGGGGUUCAUGUACAAGGAGAAGUACCGCAGGAUGACUGAAGGCCAGGCGUCCUCGUUCACGCAGCAGCCCCAGGACCAGGUGGUGAUCGCGGGGCAGCCGGUGACGCUGCUCUGCGCCAUCCCCGAGUACAAUGGCAUCGUGCUCUGGAUCAAGGACGGGCUGGCCCUCGGCGUCGGACGGGACCUCUCCAGUUACCCGCGCUAUCUGGUCGUAGGAGACCAUCUGUCAGGUCAGCACCACCUGAAAAUCCUGCGAGCUGACCUCCAGGAUGAUGCCGUGUACGAGUGCCAGGCCAUCCAAGCCGCCAUCCGAUCCAGACCUGCCCGGCUGACCGUCCUCGUUCCUCCAGAUGACCCUGUCAUUUUGGGGGGGCCCAUCAUCAGCCUGAGAGCAGGAGACCCCCUGAACCUGACCUGCCACGCAGAUAACGCCAAGCCAGCAGCCUCCAUCAUCUGGAUGAGGAGGGGAGAAGUCAUCAAUGGAGCCACCUAUUCCAAGACACUCCUCCGUGAUGGCAAGAGGGAGAGCAUCAUGAGCACCCUGUUCAUCGCCCCGUCCGACAUCGAGAACGGGGAGAGCAUCGUGUGCCGUGCCACCAACAAAGCCAUUCCCAGCGGGAAGGAGACCUCUGUCACCAUUGACAUCCAGCACCCACCCCUGGUGAACCUGUCCGUGGAGCCGCAGCCGGUGCUGGAGGACAACACUGUGAAGUUCCACUGCUCUGCCAAGGCCAACCCUGCUGUCACCCAGUACAGGUGGGCAAAGAAAGGCCAGGUUAUAAAGGAAGCCUCUGGUGACUUCUACGAAACCAUCGUGGACCACACGUUCUUCUUUGAGCCCGUCUCCUGCGAGGUCACCAAUGCUCUGGGCAGCACAAACAUCAGCAGGACAGUGGAUGUCUACUUUGGGCCCAGGAUGGCCACAGAGCCGCAGUCCCUGCUGGUUGACCUGGGCUCGGACGCGGUGUUCAACUGUGCCUGGACCGGGAACCCCUCCCUCACCAUCGUCUGGAUGAAGAGAGGCUCGGGCGUGGUCCUGAGCAACGAGAACAAGCUGAUCCUGAAGUCAGUCCGCCAGGAAGACGCUGGGAAAUACGUGUGCAGAGCCGUGGUGCCGCGGGUGGGCGCGGGGGAGCGGGAGGUGACGCUCACCGUCAACGGGCCCCCCAUAAUCUCCAGCACCCAGACCCAGCACGCCCUGCACGGCCAGAAGGGGCAGAUCAAGUGCUUCAUCCGCAGCACUCCGCCGCCAGACCGGAUUGCUUGGUCCUGGAAGGAGAACGUUCUGGAGUCUGGGACCUCCGGGCGCUACACGGUGGAGACGGUGAGCACAGAUGAGGGAGUGAUCUCCACACUGACCAUCAGCAACAUCGUCAGGGCUGAUUUCCAAACCAUCUACAACUGCACGGCCUGGAACAGCUUCGGCUCCGACACGGAGAUCAUCCGGCUCAAGGAGCAAGGUACGGAAAUGAAAUCAGGAGCUGGUAUUCAAGCAGAGUCGGUGCCGAUGGCGGUGAUCAUCGGAGUGGCCGUGGGGGCCGGCGUGGCGUUCCUGGUGCUGAUGGCCACCAUCGUCGCCUUCUGCUGCGCCCGCUCCCAGAGGAAUCUCAAGGGUGUGGUUUCUGCCAAGAACGAUAUCCGAGUGGAGAUCGUGCACAAGGAGCCGGCCUCGGGCAGGGAGGCGGAGGAGCACCCGACCAUCAAGCAGCUGAUGAUGGACCGGGGGGAGUUCCAGCAGGACUCGGUGCUGAAGCAGCUCGAGGUGCUCAAGGAGGAGGAGAAGGAGUUUCAAAACCUGAAGGACCCCACCAACGGCUACUACAGCGUGAACACCUUCAAGGAGCACCACUCCACCCCCACCAUCUCGCUGUCGGGCUGCCCGGCUGACCUGCGCCCGGCCGGCAAGCAGCGGGUGCCCACGGGCAUGUCCUUCACCAACAUCUACAGCACCCUGAGCGGGCAGAGCCGCCUCUACGACUACAGCCAGCGCUUCGUGCUGGGCAUGGGCAGCAGCUCCAUCGAGCUGUGCGAGCGCGAGUUCCAGCGCGGCUCCAUGAGCGACAGCAGCUCCUUCCUCGACACCCAGUGCGACAGCAGCAUCAGCAGCAGCGGCAAGCAGGACGGCUACGUGCAGUUCGACAAGGCCAGCAAGGCCUCCGCAUCCUCCUCCCACCACUCCCAGUCGUCUUCCCAAAACUCAGACCCCAGCCGGCCCCUGCAGAGGCGGAUGCAGACGCACGUUUGA